AUGCCAACAUAUCAAACCUCCCCCUCCAAUGCUGGCCCGCCGGUCGGGUCUAUCACAUCGCCCACAAAUCCUCAAGCACACAUGCAACACCCUCACCAAAACCAUCAAUCCUCACCGAUCCUGCCUUCACAGUCACAUUACCAGCAGACACAGAACGCGCCCGGCCAGGUCCAUCAGCAGAUGAACUUUCCUCAACAGUAUGCUCAGAUUCCACAGUCAUAUGGAAUCUCUCCCACUCAAGCUGCCGCCGCUGCAGCAGCCAUGGCCACCGCGGCCGCUGCCGGACACAACCAUACAUACUAUCAGCCAAUGCAUCAAGACUCGAUGGGCGGCGCCAUGCCACCGGGAGCCCGCGGCUCACCCAGAUUGCCGUCUUCUCAAGUAAAAAAUGAUCGACAUCCGCGAUCCCCCCCGCAAGUCUCUGGGCAAAUGCCACCACUAUCCAAUCAAGUCCAAAUGCCCCAAAACCCGUCUAUAUCUCAACCGCAAUCUCAACAGCAUCAGCAGCAACAACAACAACAACAGCAACAACAGCAACAACAACGCCGCAUGAGCCAACAACAUGCAACGACCGCCCCCGGGACCCUCCCCCAUGGCUGCUGUGCCAUCCCAACACCCCCAUUCUCACCCCCCACCAACCUCCACCCCCAACAAAACCAACAUCCCCGAAAUGGUCACGGGCGCAGGGCCGCGAAGAAUCCCCCUCUACGUCAACGCCAAACAAUUCCACCGCAUCCCUGA